AGUAACUACGCUAACUAUAAGUGUAGAGCUUUGCUAUGCUGAGAUACUUUCAUUCGCCUCGCUCGUUUGCAAGCUAUCGGCGACUUUGCCACUUGUGAAGGCUGAACCAUAACCCUUGCGCAUAUACACAACAUCAGCUAUUUGAGAGAUUUUACUUCCAGACACUUGAGUUGACGCGGACCGGGAUGCUUGCGCGAGGCAACCUUCUGGGAAAGCCGGACGGGACUACAAGGAGGCAUGAAGCAACAGCUGGAUAUCGGCAAAGUACUCGUAGGGCCUCGCGCACGUUGUGCGCAACACGCAACGGUGGUGCCGAGGCGCAUGCCCAGCACAUUGGAAGCUCCGACAGGCUCGACAUCGAUUUGCAGAUGACGCAUUCUAAAACUCACAAUAUUUCGACACGAUUGCCGACACCGCGAGGAAACACCCUGCUCGUCUCGCAUGAGGUCCUCCUGACAAGUGACACCAGCGAUUAUGAGGAGAACCGCUCCUCACCCCGCUUCCUAGGCCACCCCGGCGACCUUGCACAAAGUCAAGGCGCCUUAUCAGGAGACGCCGCACAGCAGCAGCAAGGGCUCCACCGAGGUAAAUGCCCGGAACAGCAGCAGCAGCAGCAGCAGCAACAACGACAAAACGGAAAUACACCCGCCUCCUUCCGGCCUCCAAAGCCGCCCAGCGGACCAGCCGCCGCCUUGACAAGCUCAGUGGUGGCAUCCGUACGGCGCCGUACAAAGCUAGGCGGCCCCGUACCGCCGGUUCAUAAAACUGCAUCACAGCCGCGGCAAUUAUGUUGCAUACCGGCGGCUGCGGCUGCGGCUGCAUCAGCUGGGCACAACGCAGGGGGCUUGGACGGCAUCAUUGAUGACGCUACAGGAGUGGUACAAGAGCAAGCAGCAACUACUGAGAGGCUACUUGAAGGGCUGCUUCCCCGCCGCUUGUUGGGCAACAGGGCUCCAUCCUCUCGUAUGGCCUUCGCUGUCGUACUUUCUGUCGCCUUGGUGGCAGCGGCAUUGGCCGCGGCGGCAGCUGUCAUUACCGGUACGGCGCCAUCCUCACUAGCGGGCCCCGGCAUCGGCACGACCGGCGGGGGCCCCAUCAGCCGUAGGUCGUGGUACGGAUUGCCGUACAAGAUGCCGUACAUGCACGCCGCUAGUUGGGUAGCUGCAGCCAUGCGGCCGCUGCGGCGCGGAGGUUCCGGCCUCAGGGGGGCCGCCGCGAGCCCUAUAGGCAGCAGCGGCAGUACCGGUACCAACACCAACACCAUCAGCAGCAGUGCAGCUGCUUCCAGCAGGGGCCAUGUCAUAAUGGGCGGGAGCGGGCUUCACAAGGCAAGUGGCAUGCGGCCUCUUGCUGCUGUGGCCGGGGAUGGUGGUGGCGGUGGCGGUGGCGGUGCUGCUGACCCAAGUACGGGAGCUGCUGCCGCUGCUUCUGCUGCUUUUGCUGCUGGAGGAGAGGAGCUUCAGCAGAGUUCCAUCCGUCCUCCUUCAGAUCGUGAUUAUGAGUGGCGUGACUCUGCAAGAGUUCGUGUCAUCACAAUCGCGUCGGGCGGCCCCAGCCCCUACCGCACCGACUGGGGCAGCUUGGCGGACCACACGGCCCAGAGACUGGAGCGGACGGACCCUGCCUUUCAGAUGCUGGUAUUUCCCUCAGAGCAGCUGGGCAACGACCUAGGCCUGCAGCAGGCGUUCCUGCGCGCCCUUGGGGCCGGUGCGCAGAUGCUGGUUGGGCUGGACGUGAUUGAGCAGGCUGCGGGCCGCUUAUUGAGGGACCCACGGGUCACUUCCGUGAUGCCCAGCCUGGCCCUCUUCGUGGGUGGCUCCGAGCCCCUUGCGCACGAGCUUACGCGGUUGCAGCGCGGGCUGCGGCCCCAGGAUACCGGGUCAUGGCGUACCCUGCUAGCCCGGAAGCUCCCCUGGACCCCGGACGGUCGCGAGCUCGAGCUGUGGGACAGGCUGCAGCUGCUGCUGGGCCGUCACGACUCGGAUAACUUUUUGUUCGUGUACUUGGUGCUGAUCAAUCAGUACAUCGCACCUGUACGGCAGGUGGCGGACACCACAAAGGGCUUUGACCUGCAGUCACUGGUCUGCAUGAUCCGACACUGCGGUUCAAAGGUUGUGGGUUGCUUGCAGGACGCCACCUGCAAGUCCGCUCUAGACUGCCUCAACGGGUGCACCUUUAACGACCAGGUGUGCCAGUACCGAUGCAUCGUGAGCUACGAGAGCCCCCUCCUGGAGCAGUUCAGCCUCUGCAUCCUGCAGCUCCACAACUGCCGCAAUCUGGAUGCAAAGCCGCCGCUGCUGCCGGACCCAGCGCCCAUGAGCUCCUUCCGCGGGGAGCCACUGAGCCACACCGCUGCGGAGGAGCUGUUCAUUGGCUGGCUGGACAAACCGGCGCAGGGGGCGCCUGCAGGGGGGCACCUUGGGGAGCGGCCCGGCAAGGCGUUCAGCUGGUUGAUUGCGGCAGGCAAGAACCCCGCCUACGACUACUUCCCAUGCCAGCACCAGAUGUUCUACCGAGGGCGCGGCAGCGGGCAGAUGUGGUACGAGCCGGUAUUCAAAGCCAUCACGCUGGACGGGCGACAAGUGUGGCGCCGCAGGGUGUACCGCGUGAGGCGAGGGAAGGCUCCAGGCACCUUCCAUCUGUCGGUGCUAGACAACGGUGUGACCUCCAAUGAGUUCUGGCGCAUCCUGGACUGCGACGAGGAGCAGCUGGCCUACUGCCUGUUCUACUACAGCGGUGCGGCGUCCAAGGCAGGUUUAUCGUACAGCGGCGCCGUGCUGGGGACCCCCGACGGCCGCAUGCCGGGCCCGCAGCACACGGAGCGGUUGCAUGCUGCGCUGCGGAGGGCGGGGAUCGAACCCUGGGAGCUCAGCUACGUGGACAACAGCGGCUGUGAGGAGGCACCGUUGGGGAUCACGGGCCCGGUGGGGCGUGCUGUGGUGGCGGCGGGUGCGGGGUCGUGAGGCGGGGCCGGGAGUGGGCAUGUAGCGGGAGCAGGAGAGGCGGGUUGCGGCGGCCGGAGGAACAAUUGUGUGGUGUCCUUGUUGCCAUUGCUUCAUAUCAUGAGUGUAAUAUAGUUAGAAGCGGGGUUCCUUAUCUGUACAGUACAGUAGCUAUAGGCAGGGUAGACGAGAGACAUCAUGGUCCUCUAACCAAAACCAACCGUGCACCUUGCCAGCUGCAGCCAAUGUUCGCUCGUGGCGGCU